AUUUCCGACAGCCUGUGAAGCUGAACCUUCUUCUCCCCUUCCCAGCACUCCUGGCUGCCCCGUUUCCUGAUCACCGCCCUCUAUCCCGUUUCCCCAGUUUCCUUUGUUGCCCAGGUUCUGAUUCUGGUAUCCUGGUUCCUGGCCCUGCCAGAGUUCUGGUUCCAGAAGGCCCUUGCCAGGUGCCUUGGGCCUAGCUCCCACCCGGGCGCAAGGCCACACUGAAGACAUGGGUAUGAGCAUCCCCCAGUACCUGGGGCAAAUGGACAUCCGAAAAGGUGUAGUGGGCUUGGCCACAGGUGCUGGGUUCAUCUACCUGCUCUACAAGGCCAUCAGGGCUGGUAUCAAAUGCCAACCGCCCCUCUACACUGCCUCACCCAUCUGCAUCGCCCGCCUGGCAGUCGAGCGAGAGCGGCACGGGCGGGACUCGGGUGAGCUCCGGAGGCUCCUCAACUCUUUGGAGCACAAACAGGAUGAGUACGCCAAGAGCAUGAUCCUGCACAGUAUCACGCGCUGUGUGUACUUGCUGGAGGCUGAGGCCUCUUCUUGUACUACUGAUGACAUCAGCUUGGUGGGCUCCAUGCUGGAUGACAAGGACAACAGUGUCAAAAUCCAAGCUCUGAACACACUUAAAGCUUUCUCUGGCAUCAGAAAAUUCAGGCUUAAAAUCCAGGAACACACCGUCAAGGUACUGGAACUGAUCUCCACCAUCUGGGAUUCGGAGCUGCAUGUUGCCAGCCUCAGACUCCUCAACAGCCUCCCACUGCCUGACUAUGUACAUCCACAGCUGCGACGGGUGAUGCCUGCCUUGAUGGAGAUCCUGCAGUCAGAAUAUAUCCUGGCACAGGUGCAAGCCAUACGAUUGCUGAGCUACCUAGCACAGAAGAAUGACCUUCUGUAUGAUAUUCUCAACUGCCAGGUGCACUCCAACUUCCUGAACCUGUUUCAGUCCACCCAGCCAGGGAGUCUGCUGUUCGAGGUACUGGUGUUUGCUGAGCGGCUAAGUGAGGGCCGGAAUUCACCCCACUACCGUGCCGUGAAGUGGCAUUACAAUGAACAAUCUCUUCAUGAAGCUCUCUUUGGGGAUGAGUCCCGACUGGCAGACCGGCUGCUCGCCCUGGUCAUCCACCCUGAGGAGGAGGUUCAGAUCCAGGCCUGCAGGGUCAUAGUCAGCCUGCAGUGCUCCCAGGAUGUGGGAGUCCGGCCCUCCUCCUGCCGGCCCAGUCAUUCCUACUUUAAUAGCGGGGAAUAAAAUUAAGGAGAGCCCAUAAAUGACUAUGGGAGAAAA